GCAAUGGGGCGUAAGCUGGAUCUGUCAGGGCUGUCUGACAAUGAGGCGGAGCAUGUGCUGCAGGUGGUGCAGAGAGACAUGAAGCUACGCAAGAAAGAGGAGGAGCGACUCAGUGAACUGAAGCAGGAGCUGGACGACGAGGGCAGUCGCUGCCUCCUGCUGUCACGGCAGGGUUACUUCAACCACCGCUGCUGCAUCCGCUGCUGCUCGCCCUUCACCUUCCUGCUCAACCCCAAGCGCAAGUGUCACGACUGCAAGUACAACGUGUGCAAGGCCUGCCGGGUCUACAGCAAGCGGGAGAAAGCCUGGCUCUGCUCCUCCUGCGAGAAGAGCAGGUUGUUGAAGACCCAGAACCUGGAGUGGUUCUACACUAACGUGAAGACGCGCUUCAAGAGGUUCGGCAGUGCCAAAGUGCUGAAGACUCUUUACAGGAAGCACCUGGUGGAGCACAGUACACUUUCUGAGCGUACAGAGGGCAGCACCUACGAGGAGAGUAUCUGCAAUGAGGGCAGCAUCAGCGGGAGCGACUCAGCCUUCUACAGACAAAGUGAAGAGCACAGCAUGGAAGAGACACUCACUGUGGCCUUGCGGGUGGCAGAGGAGGCUCUAGAUGAGGCCAUCACCAAGGCUGAGUUCGACACGUCCAGUCAGGCGAAGCAGAAUGAGGCGCACUAUCUGCGAGAGCACAAAGGGGAGCUCGUUGAGGAACUGGCCAAAACUAUUGUGCAAAAAAUUAUUAAUCGGAAGAAGACUUUGGCUGACAUGAGGGCAGAGUAUGUCCAGGACUGGCCAGUUGAACACAACACUGACCUUCAUCAUCACCAUCAGUCCGCCAGUGAUCGUGCCACCAGCUCCGUCAAACAGCAACCAGGCCUCUUUAGAUCACACUCCGCCUUCUCACUGUUGGAGAACGACUCUCCCGGGAUGGUUCAAGACUCUCCAAAGGCGUCAGUGAAGGAAGACGGUGGUCCCGCUAUGACAGCUUGGAAGAGUGUAGACCGGCUGGACAACGCAGGCGUCUCCGCAGUUCUUCACAGCAUGGAUGGGAACUGGAUUGCCCUGCAGAGCGCCCAGCUGUCGCGUCCCAGCCUGCUGACGAAGAGGAAGAGCCAGGUCUACAGUGCCUUGGAGAGGGAGUCUGCAGUGGUGUCCGCCUACGAAGGCAUGGGCUCCGACAACGACAUCAAACACGGGUCGGACAGCUCUUUGGGUACCGCCCUCCAGGAGGUCCACAGGAAGAUGGUGGACUCGAACAUGGAUCUGCAGGACACCUGCGACAGGAUCCUGUCCCCGCUGAUGAGCCGCCGAGCCAGCGGAGACAAGCUCCUGUCCCCCAUGUUGGGCCGCAGAAGCAGCAGGGACAUCGUGCUCUCUGACUCUGAGGGGAACUGGAAGCCGAACAAACCUCUGCUCGGUGUCAUAAAGCUGAAGGUGCCCGCAGAGAUCAGGAGACCUCCUUCCCGCAGGACCAGCAUCAUCGAUAUGAACUUCAACACGGAGGGAGUCAGACAGGAAGAGAACAUGGGGGCUGCGGAGAGAUCACAGCAGAAGAAGAAGAGCGAGAAAGAGUCGUCUUCUCUGAAUAACAGCAAAAAAGACAACCAUCCACCAGAAGCUGUGACUCCCGACACUUUGUCCUCUGGAGGUAUGACGACCCCUGAAAUACUGGAACUUCAGACUGACAUCACUGGACAGGUAGCCAAUCAGAUGGACCAGGAGCUCACGGCCAAACUAGAACAGCUCGCUGGCCGAGUGGAUGACUCAUCCACUGGAGAAGAAAAAGAAGCUGUCUAUGGAGAUGCUGUUGAUGAUGGACGAAGAGAGGAAGAGGAGGAUAAGGACAGCGACGAAGAAGAUGAGCAGCAGCAAAGGAUGGAGGUCGAGUCGGAUGAGGGAAGAACUGAGGACGAGGAGAAAGAGGAGGAGGAAGGGAAUGAAGAAGAUGACGAGGAGAUAAAUUACAGAUUAAACAAGCUGAUCACUCAGUCCAGGCUCAAGUACUUCUCUUCCACUGAUGAGGAGUUAGACAAAGCUGGCAAGAGUGAAGAAGAAGAAGAAGAAGAAGGAGGAGAGGGAGAUAAGGAUGAAGAUACAGAGGAGGAACAGAAUGAGGAGAGGGAGGAAAAGACAAACGGUUUUACAUUUAAACUCUGUCAGCUGGAAAAAGAAUCCCGGGCGUACCAGUUCUCCUCCACAGAGGACGAGAUGGACAGAGUUGGCAUCGAAGAGAAGACAGAAGAUGAGGAGGAAAACGGGAAGAAUGUGGAGCUGGCGGUUAAAGUGUGCAGAUUAGCUUACCAAGUAAACGCCAACCAGUUUUCCUCCACGGAGGACGAGCUAGACAGUGUUGGCCUUUUGGACGAAGACAUGAAGACAAGAGAGGAGGAGGAGGAGGAGGAGGAGGAUGAGAAGAAAGAAGAGCUGGCGUUGAAAGUGUGCCGAUUAGCACAUCAAGUCAACGCCAGCCAAUUUUCAUCCACUGAGGACGAGCUGGACCGAGUGGGCAGAGGUGAAGAAGAGGAGGAGGGGACAGACGAGGAGGCACUGUGGAAACUGCGGGCGGAGAAGGCCGUCCAGGCCGCUCACAUGCGUGAUUUAGCCAGUCUAGUUGGUGCUUCUGAGUUUUCUUCCACUGAGGAUAAUCUGGAUAAAGUUGGACAGACGGGGCAGGAGGUAAACAAAGUGACAGGAAGUGAUAUGUGGGAGAACGCAGAGGGAAAUAAUCAAGACAAGGAGGAAUCCUUCGAGGAUUUGGAUGUGAACAUGUUUGAUUUAAGGGAUGAAAUCGAGGAGAAAAAGAAAGGGAGCAGUGAUGAAACAGUGGAGGAAAAGAGAGAUGGCAUGGAGGACGGAGUCACAGAGGAGGGUGAGGUAUUAAAAGGCACUGAAAGGGCAAGAGAUGCAGAGACGGAGUUAAAAACUGUGGACGAGGGCAAGGAGAUAAUAAAAGUUGCAGAAGAGAAUCAGCCGGGGGCAAGACAGGAAGACGAUAAAAUUGACGAAAGCAGUGGCAGUCAGGGAAGCUGGGAGACGGCAAAAGAUGAAGAAAACAGUGAGGAAUACGCAGAGUUUGACAGGAUCAUCAGCAGCAUGUUGAUGAUGACUCUGGAGGACAUGCAGGUACAGACGGUAAAUGACGAAGCAGCUGAAAAUGGAGGAAACGUGAGCGAGCAAGCGCAAGUCAAGGUGGACGAGAACGUACAAAUAGAGGGAGGGAGUGGUUCAGUGGAUAGGGAAGUGACAAUAGGGAACGAAAGUGAGUUGAUGCAUGUGGAGGUGGACGAGGAAGUCAAAAAAGGGGGAGAAAGUGAAUUGGAGCAUGUCAAGGUAGAUGGAGAAGUCCAAACUGGGGCAGAGAGUGGAUUGGAGAAUGUAGAGAUGGAUGUGGAAUUCAAAAUCGAGGGAGAAAGUGAAGUUCAGGAUCGGAUGAUUGAUGCACAAAGCACAGAAGACACCAAGGAGACAGAAAGUAAAAAAGAAUUGGAAAGUCCAAGCGAGAAUGCUCCACAGUCAUAUGCGGAGGAAAACCCAGAGGCAAAUAUUCAGAAACAAGAGGAGAGUGAAGAUGCUAAAGGCAGAAAAGACAACGAGCAGGGAAAAGAAAGUGAUCCACACGCGAUAAGAUCUCCAGCAAAGACUGCAGUUAUGUCCAUCAAAGAGAUGCUGGAGACAUACGAGGCCAAACAGUUGUGUCAAAGAAUAGGACUGCAUGACGACAAGCAACAGGACAGAGGAGGAAAAGUCUCCACCAUGCGUCUGAUGAUGGAGGCACAGAGUGAUGUCACAGAGGAAAGGAUGGAGGAAACUAAAGGAAAGAAAACAUGCAGAAAAGAUCAGAGCAGGAGGUCUUCUCUGGAUGAUGUUUUACAGACACCAGAGGAGAUUCAAAUGAGCUCCUCUGCAGUGCAAAGAAUAGGACUGCAUGAUGACAAACAGGACAUAGGAGGAAAAGUCUCCACCAUGCUACAGAUGAUGGAGGCACAGAGUGACAUCGCAGAAACCAAGGAAAGGAUGGAGGAAACUAAAGGAAAGAAAACGUACAAAAAAGAUCAGAGCAGGAGGUCUUCUCUGGAUGAUGUUUUACAGACACCAGAGGAGAUUCAAAUGAGGUACUCUGCAGUGCAAAGAAUAGGACUGUAUGAUGACAAACAGGACAUAGGAGGAAAAGUCUCCACCAUGCUACAGAUGAUGGAGGCACAGAGUGAUGUCACAGAAACAAAGGAAAGGAUGGAGGAAACUAAAGGAAAGAAAACGUACAGAAAAGAUCAGAGCAGGAGGUCUUCUCUGGAUGAUGUUUUACAGACACCAGAGGAGAUUCAAAUGAGGUACUCUGCUGUGCAAAGAAUAGGACUGCAUGAUGACAAACAGGACAAAGGAGGAAAAGUCUCCACCAUGCUACAGAUGAUGGAGGCACAGAGUGAUGUCACAGAGGAAAGGAUGGAGGAAACUAAAGGAAAGAAAACAUGCAGAAAAGAUCAGAGCAGGAGGUCUUCUCUGGAUGAUGUUUUACAGACACCAGAGGAGAUUCAAAUGAGGUACUCUGCAGUGCAAAGAAUAGGACUGCAUGAUGACAAACAGGACAUAGGAGGAAAAGUCUCCACCAUGCUACAGAUGAUGGAGGCACAGAGUGAUGUCACAGAGGAAAGGAUGGAGGAAACUAAAGGAAAGAAAACGUACAGAAAAGAUCAGAGCAGGAGGUCUUCUCUGGAUGAUGUUUUACAGACACCAGAGGAGAUUCAAAUGAGGUACUCUGCUGUGCAAAGAAUAGGACUGCAUGAUGACAAGCAGGACAAAGGAGGAAAAGUCUCCACCAUGCUUCAGAUGAUGGAGGCACAGAGUGAUGUCACAGAGGAAAGGAUGGAGGAAACUAAAGGAAAGAAAAUGUGCAAAAAAGAUCAGAGCAGGAGGUCUUCUCUGGAUGAUGUUCUACAGACACCAGAGGAGAUUCAAAUGGAUAGUGACAUGGACAUAUACAAAACUCUAGAGUUCAUAUCGACUCUGCUGGAGCAGAGGUACUCUGCAGUGCAGUUGCGGAACAUCACCACCGAGGUCCUGAAGGUGCUAAACACCACUGAAGACCUGCUGCAUGGGGUGAAGGGAGGAGACAAGCUCAGGUCCUCUACCCCCUCACUGCCCCCCAACACUGACCCCAGAAAACUGGACCAGCAGUUCUCCAAACUGGAGGAGAACGUGUACGUGGCAGCGGGCUCAGUUUACAGUCUGGAGGCAGAGCUCGGUGACCUGGAGGAGUGCGCCAGGAGCAUCAGUGGAUCUACGUCAGACAUGGAGCUCUCCUUCCUGGAGGAGCAGGUGGCCUCAGCAGCUGCCAAAGUUCAACAGUCUGAUCUGCAGAUUUGUGACAUCUCAGCCAGAAUUGCGGCUUUGAAGAAUGCAGGGCUCAAUGUGGACACACAGUCCCGCCCCACAAAGGCCAGGACGAUCCCAGUGAUGCCUGUCACCCUGGACUCAUCCAGACAGUUUAGGAGGAGAUUACCUGCACCACCUGUGAAGGAUAAAGAAACCUAAACCAUGGACCACGCGUCGUCAAAGAACCUCCACCACAGCAGUGCCUUGACUGUCUCGCCCUGCAGACUACAGGCCAGUCUUAAGUGAUCCAUUUAGAAACCUCUUGCCUUAAUACAAUGUCAAACUGAACAUGCCUACAAUAACACAGGGCACUACUACUUUGUGUUUGUGGAUUCUGUUUAGAUGUCCUCUGUGUCACUCUCACGGUGCAGGAAACUUGAUUUUUCGGUCAUUGAAUUAAAUGUUUUGUAGAUAUAAUCAGAUUGAUUAGCAAACCGUUCUUAAAUUUAUCCUCACUGAUCAAAUAAAAGGAUAAUAAACCUUACGAUCCUCAAAUGUAAGAACAAGAAAAUCAGUACGCAGAGUUUAAAGGCUUUAUAUGUGAUUUUUCACACUUAAAUAUAAUAGAAAUCAAGUAUAUCCUCUGAAAAUAACUCUGUGAGUCAUGACUGUCUACAAUAGGUGUAACACCCGAGUCCCACUGUCUGUGAUGUUUUCAGAGUUUUCAGAGUCCUAUCUUCAGUUUGUUUACAUCGCCCGGACGGCCGGCUGACUCCUCCCCUCGUGUAUAAAAGUUGUUUAAUUGAGGGACUAGAGAAAAGAAGAAUAACAUACUGUACUCACUGCUUAACUGUGUUUCUAGAUCACGCUCAUUUCAGGUAAAUUUACAUGCAGUGUGAAGAUACGAGCAGAAUAAAGAGCGCUAGCAUUAGCAUGCUAACACAACAAUGCACCGCGAGUUGUUUUGGUUUCAUGCUGGUGCUCAAGGGCGACAUCUGCUGGAUCAAAAAAAUCGCAUAAAAAGCCUUUAACACCUUGAGAUAAAUUGUUACAUUAUACAGCUUGUGUACAAUUAAUCUUGUUAAAUGCUUUAAUUAUAAUAUUUUUAUAGACCUCUUUUUAACGACUGUAGUAAUCCAAUGAACUUGCUGAUGAAUAAUAUCAUAUCAAUGGUUAUUAGUGAGUGUAAGAGUAAUUAUCAGCAGCACAGCUUCUGAAUAACACCCACAGUAGACCUGUUUGUACUGUUAUAUGAUAAAUAUACACAUGACAUAUAUGUGGGAACAAUUAAAUAUGUUAGAAGAUUUGAACUGUCUCAUGUCUAAAAUAAAUAGACCUGUGUUUUCAA